AUAGAGUCUAUGUCUAUGGUAACGAAUGUGGGCGCCAUUCCACAAAUCUACACAGUUUGUCAAUCUAUAAAUUAUAGAAGUAGGGAUUGUGAUUAAUAAAAUCGUUAUAAUUCUUCACAUAAAAGGCAGUUUUUCUAGGAUUAGCAUUUUAUUGAGCAUGACAGCUAGUAUGCGCCUCUAGAAGAACAUAUUUUGAUAGGAAUAGUUUAAAUGCAUUUUUCAAUAUGACUAUAAGAGAAUGAAAGUACUGAUUAGACUCAUUGAUAAUGUCUGUUCACUACAAGUUCAAAUCCGCAUUGGAAUAUGAUACCAUAACCUUCGACGGAUUACAUAUUUCUGUUAAAGACUUGAAAAAUGCCAUUAUACAACAAAAAAGGAUUGGGAAAUCAACUGACUUCGAUUUGCAAGUGACUAAUGCCCAAACCAAAGAAGUUUACACCGACCAAAAAGUUCUCAUUCCGAAAAAUACAUCACUGUUGAUUGCUAGGAUUCCUAAUGCAUCACAGUCGAAACCUAAGCAAUGGGAAGGUUACGGAGGGGAUUCUUCCCCCACAAUGAAAACUGAUGAUGGGGGUCCAAUUGCCAAAGCUACUGAUUUGUCUAGCUUGGAUGCACCUGAAGAUGAUAAAAUCAAAGCAAUGAUGUCUCAAUCCACGCAAGACUAUGAUCCCAGCAAUUAUCAGAAGAUACGUGGAUCCAAUCAGAUGGGGACAGUACCACCAACAUACAGGUGUUAUAAAUGUCAUCAGAGUGGUCACUGGAUAAAAGAUUGUACAUUUGGACAAGGAACAGAUGCUGUGGAGAUCAAAAAGAGCACUGGGAUCCCACAAAGUUUCAUGGUUCCAGUUGAAGGUCCUCAAGUUCCUGGAGCCAUGAUGACACCAAAUGGUUCUUUUGCUGUGCCAGCCUUAGAUCAUCAAGCAUACAAUUUCAAGCCAGUUCCAGCUCCAGCUAUACAAGAACUGAAACCUGAUAUUCCUGAAGAUUUAGUAUGUUCCAUCUGCUCUGACCUUCUUGCCGAUGCUGUAAUGAUACCUUGCUGCGGUAAUUCUUUUUGUGAUGAGUGCAUAAGGUUUUUCUUAUUAGAAUCUGAGGAUCAUGAAUGUCCUGAUUGUCAUGAGAAAGAAAUAUCACCUGGAACCCUUAUACCAAAUAGAUUUCUAAGAAAAUCAGUAGCCAACUUCAAAAACACCACUGGUUAUAUAAAGAAGCCUAUUUUUAGGCCUGUACCUAAAGAAACACCAGUACAGAAAAAGGAUUUAACCGAGCAAUCACAAGACACACAAGACAAAAAUGAAAAACCGGUUAUCAGUGAGGCCGACUCUACAGAACCUCAAAAAAAUAAAUCUGUUGAAAAGAAGGAAGAUCCGCUGCCCAGUUCGAUUGCAUCGGAGAAGACAGAAAUCGAGACUCCGAAAGACGGUCCCCCUGGUGUCUCUCCAGUUGAAUCACCUGUAGGCUCUCAGAUCAAACGAAUAGAUGGAAACAGCAGAGAAGUUAACGGAAGGAGUAAGAAAAGGGACGAUUACUCUCCCAAAAAUAAAAGUUCCGGCUCCCAAUAUGAGAGAGAAAGAACCAGUGAAGAUAGGGCGGGUACUCCUACAAUCGACGAACCAGGUGCCAGUUCUAGCAACUACCAAUACAAUACAGAAAAUUCUCAAACAUCAAUAAAUAAUAUGAUGCCGAUCUCAGGUGUUCAGGGGCCUCCACCGAAUGUACCUCUCACGUACCCACCUGGUCAGCAGCCAAUCAGCACAUAUCCUCCAACGUCUGGUCCUCCUCCUAAUUUUGGUUUGCCUCCACCUAGCAAUGUUCCAUACAUGCCACCUGGGCCAUACGCUAAUCCGCCCAGGCCUAUAUUCGACCCUUCAAGGCCCCCAAUGGCAGGGCCGCCUCCUUUCAAUCCACCAUUUCCGUCAAGGCCGCCACACCAUAGAGAUUACGAAAGAGGAAUGAGAAAUAGAACACCGCCAGGAGUUAUAGAUGAUACUUUAGCAGCUUUCAACCGAAUACUCAGAGAAAAAGACGAAAGGGAAAGAAGAGCAAAACAGAGAUUACAAAGGAGGACUUACAGUCGGAGUAGAAGCAGAAGCAGAAGUUACAGUCCUAGAUCACCGCGAAGAAUGAGGAGUCGCUCUCCUCGGAGACGUAGCAGAUCACGUUCUUUCUCCCUAAGCAGGUCUCGAUCUCGAUCAUACUCCGUCAGCAUAAGGGGUUCACCGCCCCCUUACAGGGACAGGGAUAGGGAUUAUUCACCGAGGCAUUCACCUAGGCGUGGGCCACCACCCGCCAGGUACAGGUCUCCUGUUAGGUCGCCUCCAAGACGAUACAAGGAUACGCACCCUUCAGAUAGGAGAGAAAGAGAUGACUAUGAAAGAGAAUAUCGCCGGGACGAUAGAGAUUACAACAGAGAUCAUCCUGCAAGACGAGAUAGAGAACAUGAAAGGGGUGACAGAGAAUAUCGUGGAGGUUAUGACAAUUUCGAUGAAAGGUAUCGCAAUCCUAAGGGUCAAUGGAAUAGCCAUUCCAUGGGAAUGAGGGCGCCACCAGAGGCCUACUAUAAUCCGCCACCACCAGAGAUAGCGCAGGGUGUCUACCAGCCACCACCAAACAGGUAUCCUCCUAGAGAAUAUCAACCUCCUUACAUGGGUAAAACAGAUGCUAUGAUACCACUCCAUCCUAUUCCACCCAGGAAAUAUGAAGACGUAGCCCCACCUGGUGUUGAAGAACCCCCAGUACCAGGAUUGGAAAAUUCUCCAGCAACAGAGGAUAAAUUUAGUAAAGUGGAACCACCUUCAGAUGUUAAAGAGGAUAAGAGAUCAAAGACUUACAAAGAUUCGGAUAAAUCUCACAGAAGUAACCGCGACAAAGAUAGAGAAAGGGAUAGAGAUAAACAUAGAAGUGAUCGUGAUAAGGACAGUAAGAGAGACAGUAGGAAGGACAAAGAUGGAGAUCGCAAAAAGAGAUCAAACAGAAGUACAACACCUCAAAGAAAAAGGAGUCAUUCACGUGAUAAAGACACUCCUGAAAAACGAAAAAGGAAACAUGAAAAUUCCUCCGACAGAGAAAAAUCAGAUAAGGAAAAGAAGAAAGAUUAUUCCGAUGAUGAAAAGUCCAGAAAAUCAAAAGACAAAAAAAAGAAGAAAGAGAGAGAAAAGAAAGAAAAAGAUAAGAAGAAACGUGAUAAAAAGGAGAAACAUAAGGAAAAGGAUAAAGAAAAGAGGGUUAAAGAAGAUACUAAGGAGAAAGAACGAAACAAAGAUCAUACUGAGGAAGAGAAAACUGAAUCUAGUCCAGUCAGAGAAAAUCCGACAAAAAAACUAAAGAAUGACACCCCUAAACCAUCUCCAGAAAAAGUCGAUAAUCAGCUAAAGCCAGGUCUUUAUGAUGAUAUCAUUGAGGAUAACAUUGAACAAGAAGUAAAGGAGAACUUUGAGGAGAAUCCUAGAUCUGAUACCCCUGAGCAUAAUUCUAAUUAUAUAAGCCAAAAAGAAGAAGCUAAUGAGAUUGAGGAAGGUGAAUUGGAACGAUCAAGAGAAUAUGAGGACUCUGAAAAAGAUAUUUUAGAAUUACAUUCCAAUGACAUAGAUUUAAAAACAGAGUUGGAAAGCAGAAAUGAAAUGCUUGCUCCACUACCUGAAAAAUCUAAAUGGGAAGAUGAUGAAGAUAAUAUUGGCGAAUUCAGUCCAAAUGAGAUGAAAGGAGAUUCGAAGAAUUCUAAGUCCGGUACAGUUAGCAGUGAGGUACUGAAACGAGCAGAAAAUGCCAUUUUUGCUAAAGCGAUAAAUGCUAUUCGGCCCAUUGAAAUAAAGAAGAUUAGUGCCGAUAGAGCUAAGUUUUAUUCUGGAGAAAGAGAUGAUGAUGAAGUGGUAAAAGCGGUCACAGUGCAAAGUGUUGCUAUUGAAAAGAAAAAUGAUAAGAAAACUGAUUCCAAUCCUCCUAAACUUUCUGUGAAAGACAGACUUGGAAUAAAGGUAAACGAACCAGAUCCUAUUCUAAGAAUAGAUAGUGUUUCUCCUUUCAGUAGAAGACUGGCUGACAGAAAUUUUGCCUAUGGUGAAAGAAAAGGAGAAGAGGAUAGAAGAAGAGAUGAUCGAGGUAAGAGAGACACAAGGACUAGAGACAAUAGAGAUGACAAAGAUAUCAGACGAGAAAGAAAUGAAACACAUAGACAUAAAGAUGUUCAUCGACGAGAUGACAAAAGGAAUCGAUCCAGAAGCAAAACUAAAACAAGAGAAGGUGAGAAAACGGAAAGGAAACGUAGAACAAGAUCUAGAAGUGACAGUGAUGAUCGUAAAGACAAAAAAAGGAGGAGAGACAAAAAACUGAAAGAAAAAUCGAAGAAAAAAGAUGAGAAAGAAGAAAAGGUAAAAGAAGAAAAACAAGAAGUACCCAAAUCUGCUACUGAAAAACGGAAGCCAACUCUAGAUGAAGCUACAUUCGAACCUGAUUAUGAUUUGGAAAGUGAAACUGAAGAGAAAAAAGCCGAGACCUCAAGUUCUGAUUCUGAUUCUAGUUCUAGCUCAGAAGAAGAGAGACGAAGAAAGAAGCGUAAGAAACACAGGAAGAAGAAAUAUAGGAAAGAUUCUAGUUCUAGCAGCUCUGAAUCAGAUAGUGAUUCAAGUGAAGAAGAACGUGAGAGGAGAAGAAAGAAACACAAGAAAAAUAAAAAAAAGAGGAAGAAGUCCAAAAAUAAAUAAUAACGGGGUAUACUGGUUAUUGUAUUCAAUUGAAUAAUUUUGUGUUCCACAUGUAUAGGUUAUGUUUUGUAAAUAAAUAAGAAAUGAAAUUAGGUGUGGCUUAUGUAGAAUCAAUUCUGUAUGCUGAAAUUCGUCAAUAAAUGUAAAAAUAUAA